AUGAAGAGUAAGUACAAACGCACACAUGCAACUCCUCAUCAAACAUCUGCGAGUGCCCUUGAGGCAGCACAAUUAUUAAAAGCAGAGAGUAUCCGCUACCAUUUACUGGAGCUCGCAAAAUCACACAACGAAGAUCGCACCGUCAGUAAGAACCCGAAACUGAUUAAUUUAAAUAAUCAAAAGGAUGAGUCGAUAGUGGAUAAAUUGUACGCAAACAGCCAGCUCCAAAUUGAGGGUCGACCGCACUGCUGGCACAAAGUGUUAUUUAAAAUUGUUGAGGAACGAGUGCAACAACGGGUGGAGGCCUUCCAGAUAGAAGACAGAAAGUUAAACAAAAACUGGGUCACAAGGAAUUUGGAAAUAUGUCGUCUGUACAUAGUGGAAGACCUGUACGCAGCUAAACACUUUCUACGUAUUUUCCCUAAAGAGCAUCAACUUUACAAUAAUUUCGUGAUCACCGAAAUUGCGAGAGGCGAGUUGAACAAACGUGAAUUGGUGCAGCUUCUCAGUUGGAUUAGGCUCUAUCCGUAG